AGUCGCUGAACGAGAAAACAUUUCGCCAUGUCCCUCAAAUUCAACGAGGCCAUUAAAAUUGUGGCAGAAAAACUAUUAAAAGCUCCAAAGCCAAAAUUCGAGACAUACUCGCAGGAUGCAGCUGAAAUAUCCGCAAAAAUUGAUCAAGAAUUAAUCAAGAUUAAUUCCAUCUUCAAGGGAGCAGUGAGCAACUGGGAAGAAAUAACUCAGCUUAUCAAAGCUGAAGUGCCAAAAUUGCAAUAUCCCUUUCUUCGGCUUAAGAUGCCAUUUGCAGUAGAGCCCCAACGUGUAUUUGUCUUCAGUAGUGACGCUGACCAGCCGGUUAAUCUCAAGACAUCCGUAAACCAUCCAGCAGUUGAGAACGGAUAUCUAAACGGGGGGAAGCUGACCCGGCUGUUUAUAUGGGAUUUGGUCAGAGUGAUCGAAAAUAUUUCAACGAUCACUUGCAGCAGUGGAAAAAUCUACAAGCUCGGCAUCGAAACAAAACAAUAUUCUGAUAUUGCAACAUUUAGUUGCAUAAAAGCAGUGGAAAAUGAAGGUCUUGCAAUUACUUAUAGUUGUGCACUUUCAUUAAUGUUUACAAACAAAUCAUUUUGCUACAUAAAUUCUUCAACAUUUUUUUACCAAACUGGUUCAACUUUUGAAAAGGCAAAAGUGAUGCAUAAUAUAAGAAUAUUGCUAAACACUCUCGUAAAUCAAUCUUCAGAGCUCUCAGAAGUUUAUGAAAUUGAACAGUUAUUUCAUAACAAGAUUAAUGAUUCUGGAAUUGAUAUUGGAUCCUAUUUGCUGGAGGCUAUACCAAGAUAUAUUCCAUAUCUUCCGAAUCCCGGACCCUUGAUCUCUGCUUACGGAAAGUUGUUGCAGUUGAAGCAAUCGGACUCUGUGCAACUAUCGGAGCUAAUGGAAGUGUUUGGCCUAAAGUAACGCACAGUUGGUAUUUGAUAAGAUUUCUCUAUACAAUAAGUCACUAUAUCGAAACAUUCAUUCUUGAUUUUUGUAUUA